ACUUCCGGUUCAAUCGAGGAGCGAAGAAAUGACAAAUAAGAGACUUGGGAUGUAACUCCUGUGUCAAAUUACAAAUCAGCCAGGUGUUUCCCAUCAUGCCCUGGGGUCAUGCAGUUGGUGGAGAGCAACUGCGGCGCUCGGCUCUAAAAUCUGCGGCCGCUUCGCUCUCGUGAGGUUAUCGUUGCCCGCGUGUUCAUGACGUCAGAGCAAGUUGGGAUCAAGCCGGACACAAAUCUAACCGGCAGCAUUGUGCGCCGAUCGCCCGGUGAUCGAUUCUGCGCAGGCCUGGUUUAUUUAAAACGAGCCUAUUCUCAACUUGUGUGUCAACUUUGAGGAGCCAAUCAGACUCUCCAAGUUUUCAUCAUCCAAUCAGAUGGCUCGUUUGUCUCAAUUGUGAAAUCGAGCCGCCAUGUUGGAUUCUCUCUACCGAGCGCUCAGUUCAAACUGUGACUCGAAAGCUACGAGAUCAUGAGGAGUGUUCUUCUUCUACAGUGCCGUCAACUCCACGCAGAACCACAACUAAGACUGGACCCCCACAGGACAAAUGUGAGACCUGCACUGUCUGGUUCUCACUUUGGACCUCCAGCUACUGGAUCCUGGACUCAUUCGUGAUCUUUAUUAUCUAUUGAUGAGAAUCUUUGUUGACAGAUGAUUCAGAUGGACUACAUACCAAAACUGAGGGUUGGCUCCACGCCAAAUGAUCUGAUCCUGAAAGCUUCUCCCGAGGCGGAUGCCUUCAGCCAUCAGCAGGAGGGAGUCCGAUCCCACCGGCCGAAGAACCCUGCAUCCACAAUGCAGGGCGCCAGGGACCGGGUCAGUGCUGGUGGAGGGGACUGCAGCGACACCAAACUGGUUCUCAGCCGGCAUGAGAUCCAGUUUGGAAAGUACAGCGGGCAGACCUUCCACUGGCUGCUCAGCAACGAUGUGGGCUACCUGAUUAUGAUCCUGGCGGCUCAUCAUCAGGAGCGUGAGUCGGGGGACCUCGACACCAGCCCCAUCAAGCAGAACCAGGAUGCUCUGUCCCGGUACGCCAGGCUGUUCCCCUGUGUGACGUCUGCUGUCCAGCAGAGCAGGGUGUCUGACGGCUCCUCCUCUGAGGGAGCGCUGGACAGCAGGCGGGUGGGAUUCGGGGAGCAUGCUGGACUCUUGUACCGGGAGUUCUACGAGUCUACAGAUCCUGUAGUGCAGAGCUACAGGAUGUGGCUCAGGAGAGCCCGCGUGCAGUCCACGGGCUCAAGCAUGGACCACCUGAAGAGGUACGUGAUGGGCAGGGACCAGAAGGGUAAAGCAGCCUCCUCACCUUCUGCUCCACCAACCUCCUCCUCAUCUUCCUUGGGGCCGUCCAUUUCUUCAGCUCCUGGUGGACCAGUGGUCCCUGCUCCAGCGGUCCCUGCAACAGCAUCUGGCCCUCUCCCAGCUGAUGUUCCUCUCCCAGAGAGCUGGAGGAGCACGCUGCCCAGUGUGCAGCAUGGGUGGGUGAGCCGGGCUCUGUUCACCAGGGACCAGAGUGGGAAGCUCAUCCUCAACACUGAACUGCAGUCCUGGAACUAUCCUCCUGGACCCCGCCAGCUGUACUUCCAGCCACCGGCCUCCUUCGACGCCUUCUUCCAGCGGCCGUUCUUCCUGUGGGUGCCCUACAGGAUGUGGCAGUGCACCAUCAGCUGCCCCGUCUGUGCCCACAGGAUGACCGGAUGUGGCCUGUACAAGACCGUUCGCAAGGUCUUGGACAGCGACGGAUGGUAUUUUAUGGGCACGGAGUAUCUCGAUUGUCGCCACUGUGGGAAGAAGUUGGCAUCGUGGUCGAGGAGCAUUCUGUCCCAGCUGGAUGAGGAGUACAGGAGGAUGUUCCCAGCAGUGCUCACCUACAGGCUGUCGUGUGAUAAGAGGGUCCUGGUGCAGAUGAGGGGAUGGUCGCUCGGCAACAGUGCCGACCGUCUGCGCUCCUGCCUGGUGGAGCAGCACACGGCGGCCUGGAUGAACAGUUGCAUCCGCUUCAUGUCAACUUACAGGAAGUCCACGAUGCCGGGUGUGACUGUUCCUCCUCCUCCAGACCUGCCAGAGAUGGACCUGGUCCCCACCAGGCAGUGGAUCCUCUCCGCCUUUGCCACCGACAGCUUCGCCCGUCUGGAGGAGAUGAGAGCCAAGGUGACCUCCGUCUUUGGCUCCGUCCUAAAAAUGGACUCCACCAAGAAGAUCACCAGGAAGCUGUCCGGUCACGCUGCGGGGACGAUCCAGUGGGUGACCAAUGUGGGCAACGAGCACGGGCAGAUGCUCAUGUCGGUCCUCACUGCGGCUGAGGGCUAUGGGCUGCAGCAGAUGACCUCCGGGCUGGUCAGGCGGUACCAGCAGGCUAAGGAAGAGCCACCUCUGGUCCUCUACGUGGACAGGGACUGCUGCUCAAUCACUGGGGGUUCAGCAGCUGCCGCUCUGUUCCCAGAGUGGACCCAGCUAGUGGUCAGGCUGGACAUAGGGCAUUUUAUGAGGAGAUUGGUGGCGAUGGUCACCACCAAAAGCCACCCCCUCUAUGCCCACUUCAUGCAACGCCUCUCCGCCUCCAUCUUCGCCUGGGACCAGGAGGACAUCGCCCUGCUGAAGACAGCCAAGGAGGCAGAGGGGCCCGGGGCUUGGAGCAGGGUCUCCUUCAAGGAGAUGGCUCGGCACUGUCGCCGCCACACGCGUGGGGCACAGGAGACCGAGCGUCUCAUUGAAGAGACCCUGGACCACUUCAAGUCGGCCAGAGAUGGCAUGGCUAUCCUGCUGGACCAGGAGAGGGUGGAGGGCAUCUGGAGCACCCAGCGCCGCCACCUCCAGUGCAUCCAGGAUCCACCGGGGCUGCAGCUGUACACCAGGACGGGCCAGCUGACCAGGGGAGGGGUCAGUCUGCCGGUGUACCGCUGUUCCCGUGGCUCCACCUCCUUGGAGUCUUUCCAUCUCCACCUUAACAGGUUCAUCCCUGGCACCAGUGCCAGUGCCGUGAACUUCCAGCUCUACUUGCUGGAGGGCCUGACGAGGUGGAACGAGGACCACAGGCGUGCCUCGGUGGAGAGGGGGCACAGCCAGGACUUAGACACCAUCAACCAGCUGGCCCAAAGCCUGUACGGGAGGAGGCUGGUUGACAGCUGCACCCGGAUAUGGGAGUACACAGGGGAGUUGAUAGGGGUCAACUACCUGUUCUCCCAGACCGGACGGGUGCUGCAGGAGCUGCCAGACGACCCCGACGUCCCAGAGGGAGAGGCAGAGGAGGAGGAGGACAACGACAACGACUUCGUGGAGCAGGAGGAAGGGGUUGAUGAGGGCUUUCAGGAAUUCCUGUUUGAUACAGAGUUCCUGUCAGACACCUCAAGGCCCCGGCAGCCUGCCAAGUCCGAGCCAACCAACCUCCAGGACACCGCCGAGCAGGAGUGUGUGGACCCUGAUGGCUCCCCGGGGUACCAGCAUGUCCUGAACCUGGCCGAGUAUCUGGUGGAGCUGCGGGUGGCGGGCCGAGUCACAGUGGUGCGUGAGGCGCAGAUCUUGGCCUUGUGGGAGAAACUCCGAGAGGGAGACAAGGGCCCUGUUAACUAUUCCCCACGUUACAGGGACCAGCUCACCCAGGGGAGGUUCAGCGGCCCCUUCACGAGGCCUGACGCCAACAAGCUGGUGGAGGCUAUCUGCAUCCUGCUGUGUAGGAUACAUCAUCAGAGCCGCUCUCUGGCAGGAGCUCGGAUCAGCCGCUGGUCUCUGAUCCUCAGGAGCUACUGCACCAUCAGAGAUGGCGUGCUGGGAAAUCCAACCCUCCGAGCCAAGCUGUGUCUCUUUGAGAUAAACCAGAGGAUGCUCAUACAGUGGUUCAACUGGAGGAAGGAGAGCCAGGAGGGUUAUGUCCUCCAGGCCCAUGUGCCACCAGACCCCGUGCCGCCCCCGAGAGAGAGGCCUCCCCUGGACCAGCCCCUACCAGGUGUCUCCAACCAGCCGGGCCCCUCCCAGGCCCCAGACCUACCAGCUGCUGCUGGUCCCACCACUGAGGCUGAACCUGCCAAUGCUGCUCCUUCACCUCCUCAGUUGCCAAAGACAACGUUGUGGAAGCGGAAAAAGCUUGAAAAGAAGAGGCAGGAGGCAGAGAGACGGGGUCAGGACUUCAAAAUAAAGGCGCCCUUCGCCUGCGUCUGCAGCCUCUGUCGUCAGCCAAAGACCAAACACUUUGGUCACAGCCGCUUCUUCAACAAGAAGUCCAGAACCAUGUUCCACUUCUGUCAAAACUCCUCAGGGGGCAGAAGUGUGGAGGACUGGCUGAGGGAGAAGAGACGGGAGGAGGGGGAUGGGGGAGGAAAUUCAUACAAAAUUCAAAAUGGCCGACUUCAGGUUGGGUUUAGAGCAUAGCCUCAAGAGACUACAUGUGAUACACGUGGUUACCAACAUUUAUACAUCUAGACCAGGGUUAUGCAAUUAAUGUUCAACAAGGUCCAUUUAGAGAGAAUUUCCUCAUCAAAGCUCCAGAACAUCACAGUAAUGUCUAACCUGUUCUAUGAUUUAGUUCCAUAUUGAAGUAGCCAACAGUUGUAUUGACGUCUGUAUGUGGUCAACAACUGGCUGACAUUUCAAAUAUAUAAUGUGUGUGUGAAUCUCACUCGAGUCGGGAAGUUUAUCAGAAUACACACAUUUGAUUGGCUGAGCAGCAUCACGUGAUGUCAUUAACAACGCAUGUAAUUGGUCGGUGUGUUUCCUGGACCCCUGAAAGAGUACCGUAAAGGCUGGAAAAGCUCUCCGUCAACAACCUAAUAGUUCUCAAUCAUCUAUCAGGCCCUGGUUUAGGGCAGACCUCCAAAAGGGUUUUUUGUACGUCCCAUCAUGUUUCAUACAGCGAGCUGAAGUGCAGCGUUGGGGACAUCCAGUCAUGAACGUCCAGUUCUGCAGUUGUUUAACACUAGUUGACGUUUCUAUCUUUCAGAAGAUGAUGAUGAUGAUGAUGAUGUCAUCAGACGAGUGUCUGUAGUUCAAUGUCUCCUCUGAGCUGAAGAAAUAUGAAGUGAAGUUUGAGUUGGUUCAUAUCUUUAACAAUAUAAAUGUGUUUAUAGUUAUCUUCAGGAGUACAAAUAAAGAUGCUGGUUUAGAGAAUAUAGAAGUUUAAACUAACUUUCGACUACAGAUGAAAAAUCGCCUCUUGGUUAACUGGCGCAUUUACAGAAAUGUUUUUAUUUAUGUGCACUGUCCCUUAUCAAAUAAACCAGUAAAAUAAAUAAACGUACCUCGGUGGAGAGGGGGCACAGCCAGGACUUGGACACCAUCAACCAGUACACAGGUAACUGCUGAGGGAGGGAGAGAAACUCAGAAAUCUGCCAUAUGUUUGACUGUGUUCAUAACGUGGUUUUAUUAUGUGCUGUGCUGCCACAGGGGAGUUGAUGGGGGGUCAACUACCUGUUCUCCCAGGAGCUGCCAGACGAUCCCGACGUCCCAGAGGGAGAGGCAGAGGAGGACAACGACAACGACUUCAUGGAGCAGGAGGAAGGGGUUGAUGAGGGCUUUCAGGAAUUCCUGUUUGAUACAGAGUUCCUGUCAUCCCCAGAGCCGCACACUGGGAAGAGCUUGAAACCUCUG